GCCUCAGACACUACCUAGCUGUGUGACACCAGCCAAGUCACUGGCCCUCUGGUUGCCUCAAUUCUCUCAACUGUCAAAUGGGGAUAAUAAUAGCACCUACCUACCAGGGUAGUUGUGAGAACCAAGUGAGAUGAUAUUUGUAAAGUGCUUUGCAAACCUGCUAGUGGCACAUGAAUACUUAUUCCCCUCAACCACACUGGUCCUGAUUACUCUCUAGCUCUGCCUCUGCCCUCUGACCUAGCUUGUUCCUAAGAUUCUCUCUAAGCAGAACAACUCACUCCCUGAAGCCUGGUUCCUUUGUUGCCUCCAUAAAAGAAUGGUGUCUUUCCAUCUCAGAACAGUCACUACCUUCUGCGGGGUUCCUGGCUAACAGAGACUGGGGGACCUUGGUCCCUGAAGAAUGGGGCACUUAAGAUUGGAGUCUGCUAGAAAGUGAGUUCUCUGAUUACUGCUCUAGACCUCAAUUUUCUUUCCUUAGGGAAAUGGCAGGGAAAGAACUUCCAAGCAGCGUGACCUUGGAGACUGCAAUGGAGAUCCCAGCUCUUGGUCGACCCUUACAUCUGGGGACACUGUAUGACUGCCGCUCAGAUACCUUCAUCCCUGGCAUCACUUUAUGGGACAAGGAGACCCUUGAGAGAAAUGUGACCACAGAAGAGCAAUGCAAGACUGACUUUGACAUCCUCACCUCUGAUUCUAUUGAUGAAAAGACCAAGGCCAUGAAUAUCUCUGCAGAGCUGAAAGCAAGUGUCUUGGGGGGCCUGGUUAAAAUAGGAGGUUCUGCCAAAUAUUUAUGUGACACCAAGACAUCCCAACGGCAAGCUCGGGUCACUCUCAAGUACAGUAUGACUACCCAGUAUUCCCACCUCACCAUGAACCACCUGGGGUAUCAGAAUAUUGCUUACCAUGAUGUGUUUGAUAAAGGGACAGCCACCCACGUGGUCACAGCUGUGCUCUAUGGGGCCCAGGCUUUCUUUGUGUUUGAUCAGAAAGUUUCCACCAAUGAAAACGUUAAGGAUAUAGAAGGCACCUUGAAGAAUAAAGUAAAGAAGAUUCCCCAAGUAUCAGGAAAAGCAGGGGGAAAGAUGAAAAUGGAGCACAGUAAGAAAAAAUCAACCAAGGAAUUUAGGUGUAAGUUUUAUGGGGAUUUUGUUCUUCAGACCAAUCUGAUGACUUAUAAAGAUGCAGUAGAAGCGUAUGCCUCCCUUCCUAAGCUGCUUAGGGGCCGAGGGGUGCCCCUCCAAGUCUGGCUGUACCCUCUGGAGAAGCUGAGCUCCAAGGCUGCCAGGCUGGCUAGAGGAAUCAGCAUUAGCUUGGUAUGCAAUGCCCAGGACACUCUGGAGAAGUUAUCUGAGUGUGACAAGAGGUGUAAUGACAUGCUGGAGGCACCAGAGCUCUCAGUCUUUCCUGCAAUCAUGGAAAAGGUCAGCUUAUUCCAAGAGCUAAAUAAGCAGCACAGACAGCUUUUACAGAAGGAAAUAGCCAAGGCCUUACCCCUGAUCAGGACAGGCAGAGCAGAGGAGGAUGAGCUGACCAGUAUUUUAAUUAGGGAGAGCCAGUCCCCAUUCAGCACUAACAGGCUCUCACAGUUCCUGGAUCAGAAGCUCCAGGAGAUGAAGGUGCUAAAGUCCUACCUCACCCUUCUGAAGGAGGUGCCAGUGAUAGCCAACCAGAAUGAGGUGGACGAUGUGGUAAUAGGCUCUCCCCAUAGAUUUGUCCUGGUGUUUGCACUCACCUCUUUGCAAGAGGAGCCCUACUUAGCAGACUGGAAACAGUGGCUGCGGAAUCCAGCAUCAUUCAGUCCUGACUGUGAGCAAAAGACAUAUUCCUCAUGGGUCAAGGACAGAGAGACAAGGAGAAAAGCAAGACAAUUGGCAGAAUCCUUUUCAACCUUUGCCAAGGCCAAUCAUUCCACUGAGAAGACUCACUUCAUUGUGGCAUCUGUCCCAGAACAGGAGAACAAGGGGGUCUCCAUUUACCUCUAUGAAAAGGGACUGCAGGUCAGCACCAACUUUGAGCUACCAGUCAAACCUCCCCCUCCCCAGAUUGGUGAGGUCACACAUGACUGUGUAGAGCUCACUGUGACCUCAGCAUCUAGGCAGGAGGAGAGGAUCACUGGCUAUCAGGUUGAGUACCAAGUUGUAGGGCAAGAGGACUGGACCGCCAUCCCUGUGUCUGGAAAGCCAGAGGUAUUCAAAGUGAGGGGCCUACAGCCUAGCACAGAGUAUCUCUUCCGGUUUGCUGAGGUGUGUGAGCCAGGGCUGAGUGAGAGCAGUGACGUGAGCCUCGUUGUGAGGACACUUCCCCUGACCUGGCCUCCUGGGAAGCCAGAAGCUGUUGUGGUGGGACCACAGUCUGUGACCCUGCACUGGGACGGUCCAAGGGUUGUUGGAGCAGGAGUCAAGAUCAAGGACUAUAGAAUAGAGUACAGAGAAGAGAGUGAGGCUGUGGGUGAGGAGGGGGAAGGAGAAUGGCACGAACAGAGAACAGGAAAUGAGGGGACAUACUGUGAUGUCGAUGGACUGACCCCUCAGACUGUGUACAGGUUCCGAGUUUCUGCCGUGUGUGAUGGUGGCCGGACCAGUGACAGCAGUGACAAGAGUGACCCAGUGAGGACCCUCCCUACCACAGAAGAAGCUACAGUCUCUGGAAGAAGACUUAUUCAAGGCACCCUACCUAUUUUGUUUCCUUCAUUUGAUGAACCAGACAACAGUGGAGGAGACUCAAGGGAGCCAGAACUCAGAAUUGUCCUUGUGGGGAAAACAGGGGUUGGGAAAAGUGCAACAGGAAACACAAUCCUGAGCAGGAAAGAGUUUAAAUCCAAGUGUUCAGGAAAGUCACUCACCAAGGUCUGCAGGAAAGCCAGGGGCAGAUGGAAUGGGAGGGACAUUUCUGUGGUUGAUACUCCGGGCAUUUUUGACACCGAUACUGCUGAGAAAGAAAACUUGGAGGAAAUAGCUCACUUCAUGACACUAUCCUCCCCAGGACCUCAUGCUCUACUCCUGGUGUUGCAAGUGGGUCGUUUCACCAAGGAGGAGAAGGCAGCCGUGGAAAGGCUUUGUAAUAUUCUAGGAGCUGAAGCAGUGAAGUUUUUGAUCAUUGUAUUCACUGGGAAAGACAAACUGGGAGAAGAAAGCAUAGGGGAUUUCUUGGAAACCAUUGAUGACUCAUAUUUCAAGGAGUUGUUGGAGAAGUGUGAACAUCGAUGCUGUGCAUUUGACAAUAAUGCUAGUGGAGCCCUGACACAUGCCCAGGUUUCAGAGCUGAUGGCCAUGGUUGAGAAAAUGGUGCAAGAUAAUGGGGGCACCCACUACACCAACAAUAUAUAUGAAUCUGUGGAAGCACUUCUCCAGGAAGACACGGAGGCUCGUCAGCAGCGCUACAAGAAGCAAUUUGAGAAGGAGAGAGAAGAAAUCAGAAAGAAGUAUGAGAAGCUAACGGAAGGACUGAAGAAGAAAAUGAAAAAGUUGGGAAAAGAAAAUGAACAAUAUGAGAAGCAAAAGGAAGAACUUGAGAAGAAAAAGAAAAUCUUUGAGAAUAAGAAGAAGGCCGAGUUAGAAGAAUUAAAUCUGAUUUACAAGAAAAAUUAUAAACGUGCCCGAGGUGAGGCUGAGAAUAAUUGGAAUACACUUUUUCAAAUUGCAGGGUUUAUUUUGUCCUGUGUUCUAUCAGUUGGCAUACAUGUAUUUCUCAAGAAAGCUUUCUGACAACUUGAAUAAUUUCACGUUAGCUAGUGAUAGAAAGUGAACUUAAGUAAUGGAGCUCACAUGGUUAAUAAGGGAGACAGACAUUAGCUGAACCCAAGUCUCCUGACUACAAGUCUAAUGUUCUUCCUGGUCCAUCACACUGCUUGCUAAAGAACAAUGCCUUUCAGAAGAAUGUAUCCUGAUAUUUUGCAUUAGCAGAUAUAACUUCCUAAUUUCUUAUGUUCAGGCUAUGGGAACAGACAGCCAGGAACAGACAGCAGAAGGCCAGAAUUCAAAACUUAUUGUGUACAAUUAGGAAUUAAUUGGCCAAGCUCCAUUGUGUGCUUUUUUUCUCCCCAGGAAGCCUUGGCUCUUUUCUUGGCCAUCACUCCCAUCCUACUUAUCCUUUAAGAACCAGCUACAAGACAUGGCCAAACCUUCCCUACCUCCUGUUCUUUUCAACUCUGAUGAUGCCUGUUCUCUACCUUCUACAGCACUUCCUAGAGAGGUUUUACCAGAUUGUGGGGCAUAGGUUACCUUGUCACUGUCACCAUUUGGGCUCACUAGUAUAUUUUUUUUCAUAAACACACUCUAAGCUCUUGGGGUACUGGAGGCUGAAGCUUGAAUUGUCAGCCCUUCUAAGAAGCUCUCCCCACACCCCCAUACUUUUUAUUUACUCUUGUUGGGCUGUAAAAACCAGGGGGCAGAAACAAUCUCAAGUUAGUGAGAAGUUUACUGACUGUCACAUGCAGUAGCCAGAAGGCAUACAUGUACAGGCUGAAUACAUACCUGCAGGUGGCCCAAGAGAGAGACUACAAAAUUCCCCUAAAUUGCCCCAGUUUUCAUACUCUUGAUCAAACUCUGGUUUCUUCUCUUUACCAAGCAUAGUUCCCCAUUUGACACAAUACUGAUGCAAGUCCUUUUUUUAUCCUGAAGAAAUUCUGUUUUAAGAACAACCUGAGGUCUCCUAUACCAACAAUCCCGCAGUUUUAUCAACAACCUUAUUGCCUCCUUUUUCUAUUUUCCAACCUUGUGGUUCAACACAAAUUAUUAUCCCUUAUAACAGCAUUCUGUUAUGGUCAUGCACAAAAUUUAACCUCUUAAGAUAUUUGGAGACCCCCUGUUUCACAGAGCUAAGGCCCAGCAAGCAGGUGGGUGCCCUGAGCUUGGAAUAACAACAAUCCUUUGUUUUCUGGAUUAUCUCACCCUCUGGCAAAGUGUACUGUACUGAACAGCACCAGGCGUUUACUGCCCCCUAGGGACCAGAGAGCCGACAUGCUGCAGUCUAAAGCCAUCCAUUACAACCUCUUGAGAUGCUCACAAUCCCCGUUUCUUAUAAAUGCUAAGUAAACCAAACCAAAGACUACGCUCCUGUUAAGGCUACACUAACUGGAUCUGUACCAUGCUGUGAAAUUACCAACCUGGACACUGUUCCCGUUGGACCCAGGAACAGCUGCAUUGAGAACUGCUACUCCAGACCUAAAAAUGAUUGUGUUGUAAUCCAAGCUCCUCCUUGUGGGCUUUGUGUUUAUAAGUGCUGCCUUUGCCCCAGCAUGUUAAGCUCUUUCUCCUCAGGAAGAUUUCUUCUUGUAAGGGUUUCCUCACUUUGAAAUUAAACUGCUGUUUCUGUGCUGAC